CUUUCGAAGCAAUCGAGAAGCGGCAGUGUGAGCAGAGAAACCAUCAAAGAACGCUCACCACGCUCAGUGGAGCGUGCUACCAGCAGCUGCCUCGUAGGCAAGCCGGGCAUCACGCCGCUACCCAGAGUCUCACAGCGAAUAUGAAGCGCGAAGUAGCGAUAGGUCUUGAACAGCUUGGCCUGUCUCAGUACAUUGCUCGUCUUGAACAAGAGGGCUUCGACGAGUGGGCCUCUCUUUGCGAUAUUACAGAAUCAGACUUGGAGGCAUUGGACAUCAAGCGGGGACACAGGCGCAUAUUGCUGCGACACAUUGCCACAAUUCGCGGGCAUCCCUCGACAGAGCCCCUGGAUGAUGGCUCAAGCGACGGCACUGGCCAUCCCGAGGAUGGUACACGAAGCCGAUCCAAUUCUAUUUCAACCAGACGGCCAAGCUUGGCCUUUACGGAUGCUGAAGACAGUCAAUGUCAACGCAUGAUGCCAACAAAGCGACAAUACAAGCGACACCCGAAAGUGGACGAGAAUGCUCCUUCUCGGCCUCCAUCUGCCUAUGUCAUGUUCGCCAACCAAAUACGCGAAGAGCAACGGCAAAGUAAGCUGACCUUUACACAAAUCGCGAGACUGGCGGGAGAGCGGUGGAAGAACCUGGGGCCUGCGGAGAAGGUCAAGAUUGAAGCAGCUGCGGAUGCACUAAAGCAAAAGUAUGUGGCCGAAACGAACGAGUACCGCAAAUCUGUGGAGUACCAGCUCUACCAAGACUACCUUUCAGAGUUCAAGGAACGCGCUGUCAGGCACGAGAAGCCUGAAAAGUUGGUUGCGCCAAAACGCACUGGUCGCAACGGAGUACCCCCACGACACCCAUACUCGCCUUCUGCCCAUCCUUCUACCAGUCCACAGGAGGCUCAUUCAACCUUCUCUCGCCAGUCAUCUUCUUGUGAUUCAUCGUCUCAUGGCCAGUCCCCAGCCUUUGUCAUGACAUCGACGACCGAAACAAGGCCAUCUGAAGAGCAAAAGACCCCUUUACCGCAUUUGAAUCAGUGGCUCCCUUCGAUGCAGGAGAUGGCUGAGCAGGCCGUGCCACAGCACUUGACUGGUCGUCCUCCAUUUGAGCAACAUCGACUUCCGCCAUUGAAGAUGUCUAUGGCUAGUCAGGAAGCUCUGCCGCCACUAAUUCCGUCGGCUUAUCGUGGUCACGGUGUUUCUGAUCCAAGCUUCUUUCGCAUGGCAGGAAUGGACCGUACUUACUGAUAGUUUUUGUGUACGAUAGCCUGUAAUAUUAACACUCAUGAGCCCAGCAAGGACAAGUUUCUGUGACUGUCCCUUCUGCGGCCCGGGAUCUGUUUGUGACGUCAGCUUGGAUUUCU